AUGCCCGUCACCAACGAAGAAAUCGCCACCCGCUCUGUGGCUGCCUCGGCGUCUUACUACUCUACCUUUGACAAAGGCCACCUCGCUUUUCCGCCCGCAAAGAAAUAUAUCUCGAAUGCCGGCGCAUCAGACAAAGACGCUCUCCUUAGUAUCGUCAUCAGCCAGCAGCUCCUGGCCACAGAAGCCAUUGUCAUCGUCAAGCAUACCGGGUGCGGCGGCAUGUUGACGUGCAAGAAUGAGGAUGCUCAUGGGGUUGUCGAGAGGAAUCUUGGUGCUGAAGCACGAAAGGAGCUUGAGGAAAGAAAGUUGGAUUUCCUCCCUUUCCCUCAGCUAAAGCAGGCUAUUCAGGACGAUGUCGAGUUCCUGAGGGGGACCAAGUUGAUGAAGAAUGAGGUUCCUCUCAGUGGAUGGGCGUAUGAUGUCGAGACGGGGAAGACGGUCAGAGUUGUUUAG